UUCCGGCCUGGCCAGAGCGCUCGGUGGCGACAUGAAGCUGCUCACCCACAACCUGCUGAGCUCGCACGUGCGGGGGGUGGGGCCCCGCGGCUUCCCUCUGCGCCUCCAGGCCACCGAGGUCCGCAUCAACCCCGUGGAGUUCAACCCCGACUUCGUGGCGCGGAUGAUCCCCAAGGUGGAGUGGGCGGCGCUCCUGGAGGCGGCGGACACCUUGCAUCUGGUCGAGGUGCCCAAAGGGCCGAUUGAGGGGUAUGAACGUGAUGAGGAUUUUCUGAGGAAGAUGCACCACGUGCUGCUGGAGGUGGAUGUGUUGGAGGGCACCCUGCAAUGCCCGGAGUCUGGACGUCUGUUCCCCAUCAGCCGCGGUAUCCCCAACAUGCUGUUGAGUGAUGAAGAAACCGAGACUUAAUCGUGCUGGGCACCAGUUUUUCACUGUGUCCAUGUGUACAUUGGUUUAUGUAUAUCCUGUUUGCUAGUUCUGUUUUGUGUAUCCCCAACCCUUGACCCAGUGACACGCCAGACACGCAGUGUUCUUGAGCUCGAUAUAUUUUUUUUCUCAUUAAAGGUUCAAAACCAAAA